UGUUAUAUAUAUAUAUAUAUUAUAUUUGAGCAUUAGAUUCAGAUCUUCUCUUUCUAUAAAAUAGGUAGUAGGCGGUUUGUGUGGUGCAGAAAUGUAUGUAGGGCGGAAUUAAUGUGUAGAGUAAAUUUAAAUCAUGAUAAUUUGUUUUUUAUAAAAAAAAUAAUCAUAUGCGUACACACCCGGUCGAAACCGGUCCGCCACCCCUUUGCAAAGCCCCUUAAACCGUUCAACAAAUAUCGAACCGCCAGGCUUUGUAAUUGUUUUGGGACUAUGAAUAAUUGCCCUUGAAUAACCCCCCUUUCUCUCUCUUCGACAAUCACUUUUUUGCCCUACUUUCCACGAAAGAAGAGGAUUGGAAAUCCAGUUCGAUUGGUCUGAUUGCAAAGUCCAAAGCUUUGAUUCCGAACCAGACUACGAUUGCUCGUUUUUCCCUAAACCCUCAUUCUGUUCCAGGUCUCUCUUGCUAGCUUGUGAUACAUAUAUACACAUUUCUAUGUUAUCUUUGAUUUGAUAUCUGUUUCAUCAUUAUCUUCGAAUCGAGUGAUAGUAGUUUUGGGUUUUGAAUAGAAUUUGUCAAUUCUCACUUCAGAAGAUUAGGCGUACGGAUAAUUUAUUCAUUGCUUGUGACUUUUAGAUUCGGCUUUACUGGAGGAGAAAUUAGUUGUUCGUGGGUUAAUGUGUUAACUACUAAUUCUUGACUUAUUUUUGUCUGGAGUCUUGUGUUGUAAACAAUGAGAUUAUAUUGAAGAUUCCUGAAAUUGGAAUUUUUUCUUACACUAAAGUUUGUAAGGGAAAAAAACAAUUAUUGGGUUGGUGUUAUUUUGUUAUAUCUUUAUUGUUUAUUUGAAUUGAUUUAUGUUUAUGAUGUAAUAAUGAUGUUAGAUUCGAUUUUGGUUGAUCUGAAAGCUGAACCCGAUUUUGAAACAUUGUAUAAAGCAGUCUCACAUUGAAAUAUUUCAAUCAAACAUACUAGCGGGUGGCACAUACGGGUGCAAUUCAAAUAACUAAUAAUAAAAAUAAAUAAUGGAGAAUUUAAUAUUAUAAGAUGUAUGUUACUUGAUUGAGUGAUAAGUAUGUUCUUAAUGAAACCAAGGUCUUGGUAAAACUUGCUUACGCUGUAUAUAAUAAUUUUUUUAUUUUAGCAUAUAUAAAGUUGCCACGUGGUGCAUAAGGAGAAGAAGGUUUCACUAAACCAAUUUAGGCCUUUACUUAAUAAUAGUAUAGAUAUAGAUAAUAUGCAUUGCUAGACCAAAUUGAAAAACUUUGAAGAAGUAAAUGGAAUGAGGUAGAAUAAUACUAACUUCUCAUGAUCUAAUGUAGCAUCUUAAAUUCUUAAUAUAGUAAUUUUGAUUUUUUGCCUAAUUUUCUUUCUUUUUUUUUUUUUUUUUUUUUUUUUUUUUUUUUUUUUUUUUUUUUGUUCUCAUUAGAUUUAGGGUUUAUGGUUAUUUUACAACAUUUUCAAUUCUGUCUUAUUUUAUUAUUAGUACUCUCAAACCCUAAACUCCGUACAGCAAUUUUUUCCCCCUUUCUACAAUGUUUACUUUAUGUAUUCAAUUAUCCACAUGUUUAUACUUUCCCCCAAAGAAUCUUUUGGUAUUUGUAUAUAGUCAGAGGUUUGAGAGGUGUAGUAAUUUGGGUAUUUUGACACACUUGAGGUGAGUAGGAUUACUUGAGCUGUAAAAUUUUACUAUUGACUUAGUAAAAAUUUUAUGAAGAUUGAGAAAUGAAGAACUAUAGACUUUUGGUAUUUUUUUCUCCUAACUCAUGUUUUUGGAUGGUCCUCUUUUGACACACGUAUAGAUUGAUUGUACUUGGAAGUUGGUCUUUUCUUGAUAUAGGUUAUAUAGAGUUUAGUUUUGUACAAAAUACAAUUGAAGUUUGGAAUUUGUGAAGCUGUUAAUCUUGUUGUGGACAUAAUUAAUAUCAUACAUGAAUUCAUAUUUUGUUAAAUUUUUCUGACUUUGGUGACAUGAAAUUUCGAAUUAUUUAACUUCUCGUAUUGAUCUUGGAUUAGUUUUGGUACAAAAUACGACAAAAGUUCAGAACUUGUGAAGUUGUGAAUCUUAUGAUGGAUAUGUAAUAUGUGAAUGCAUAUUUUGUUAAAUUUAUCCAACUUUGGUGAUUUGAAACUUUGAAAAUUUUCAAUUUUUGUAUGGAUCUUGGAUUAUUGUUUUAUCCAGUUCAUAGGAUUAUAGAUUACGUCGGGAUUCGAACCCACGUCUCUUGCUAUAUUUAUCCAACUUUGGUGACUUUAAAUUUUGAUUUUUUUUUACUUUUUAUAUGGAUCUUGGAUUAUUGUUUCAUCCAGUUCAUAUGAUUAUAGAUCACGUUGGGAUUUGAACCCACAUCUUUUGCUGUUGAGGGCAACUGUGACCAGUUCCCCUCCAGACCUGUAAGCACCAUGAUCCUCUAGACUGUUUUUGACAGAUUGGCACAUUAUAGUUCAUUAAAUCUAACGGAUCAUCUGUGCCUAGUGCCCACAUCAUUUGAACAACUAAAACACUUAAAAGUUAAUGGAGUUUAAAAAUAUAUUUAGAAAGAGAGAAGCAGGAAGUAGUGAGCUAAAAUCACUUAUUCUUGUUUUCCUAUUGAAUUUGUCUAAACCCUUGUGAGUACCAUGGCAACGGAUAGAUGGUGAUUGAAGAGUUUUCUUGCUACCUUCUUGUUGGAGAUGAGAAGUAUCGCUGCACUGUUGUAAUUGAUACUGAGGUUUUGCACCUUCAAACAAAAAACCAAGUUUGGAAGUGUUGUUCUUCAAAAUAUUCCCUAGCACUCAAUUUAUUCAAUAUGCGGAACAAGAAAGCCAUUGCACCGUCACUAGAAUCAUUUUACCAUUUUUUGAUAGAAUCGAGAGUAUUAAACUGAAAUUGGUUGAAACCCAAUCGAAAAAUGCUGUAAAAAUUGUAAGCCCAAAUCAUAAUUUGGUUGAAAGUAAAGAAGUGAUAUUCAAACUUUUGCAUCUGGGUUUGAUUUUUGCUUCUCCUUCUUUCCACCCAAUCUGUUCAAAAUUCUGCUUUUAAAUUUGAUUCUUUUUGAAGUUUAGCUUCUUAGUUUUUAUCUCUCGGACAUAUGUUAGGGCCCUAGUGCCUUGGGCUUGGGUUUUGCUUAUAAUGACACUAAUUUCUUUAUAUUUAACAUAUGGAUUCUGAAUUUUGAUGCCUAUUUUUGGAGAUUUAUGAAUGUGACUAUUGAACCAAACUGGAUCUGUGAUUUGCUUCUCCAGCAUUUGAUGAAAGAUGACUUCGUUUUCUGUUACGCGGAAGAAGACGCCUUUUCAGAAGCACAGAGAGGAGGAGGAGGCGAAGAAAAAGAGGGCGGAAGAUGAAACAGCUCGUUUGUAUCAAGAGUUUGUGGAGUCAUUUCAAGGGGAAAACAUACCAGGGUCUAAGGUAUUUGUUAGAGGAGGGACAAUCAAUGUCAAUGAUGUACCAAAGAUUGAUUCUGAAGGUGGAAAUUCUAAAGAUGGGGUGUCUGGUUCAAAGAAGGGGAGUAGAUAUGUUCCAUCUUUCUUACCACCUCCUUCAACCAAGGGAAAAGAAUAUGAGAAGAAGAAAGAGGAGGAGAAGCCGAAGGAGAAAGAGAAAGGGAAGUCAAGGAAUAUAGACCAUUUUAUGGAGGAGUUGAAGCAUGAGCAAGAAAUGAGGGAAAGGCGGAAUCAAGAGCGUGAACACUGGCGUGAUGGGAUUCAUAGUGAAAAUUCUGCUCCAUCUACCCGAUUCGAUGAACUGCCUGAUGAUUUUGAUCCAAGUGGAAAGCCUGGAUCAUUUGAUGAUGGAGAUCCACAAACUACAAACCUGUAUGUUGGAAAUCUGUCUCCUCAGGUGGAUGAGAAUUUUCUUUUGAGGACUUUUGGAAGGUUUGGGCCUAUUGCUAGUGUGAAAAUAAUGUGGCCUAGGACAGAGGAGGAACGUAGGCGGCAAAGAAAUUGUGGCUUUGUAGCCUUCAUGAACAGAGCUGAUGGACAGGCUGCAAAGGAUGAAAUGCAAGGUGUUGUUGUUUACGAGUAUGAGUUGAAGAUUGGGUGGGGUAAAUCUGUGGCUCUUCCAUCACAAGCUCUGCCUGCUCCUCCUCCAGGACAAAUGGCCAUCAGGAGCAAGGAGGGCAGCACUGUUAUUUUGUCUGGUCCAUCUGGACCACCAGUUACAUCUGUCCCAAGCCAGAAUUCAGAGCUGGUACUUACUCCAAAUGUUCCUGAUAUAACGGUUGUUCCACCUGAAGAUGGUCAUCUUCGUCACGUAAUUGAUACAAUGGCGCUGUUUGUUCUUGAUGGAGGCUGUGCUUUUGAGCAAGCUAUAAUGGAAAGAGGCCGUGGGAAUCCUCUUUUUAGUUUUUUGUUUGAGCUUGGCUCAAAGGAGCAUACUUACUAUGUUUGGAGGCUGUAUUCCUUUGCCCAGGGUGAUACUCUUCAGCGGUGGCGAACAGAGCCUUUCAUCAUGAUUACUGGUAGCGGGAGAUGGAUGCCACCCCCACUACCAACGGCAAAAAGCCCAGAGCUCGAAAAAGAGUCUGGAUCUACAUAUGCUGCAGGAAGAAGCAGGCGUUUGGAGCUAGAGAGAACGCUUACUGAUGCACAGAGAGAUGAAUUUGAGGACAUGCUCCGUGCCUUGACAUUAGAGAGGAGUCAGAUAAAGGAAGCUAUGGGUUUUGCUUUAGAUAAUGCUGAUGCAGCUGGGGAGAUAGUUGAAGUUUUAACCGAGUCUUUGACGCUCAAAGAAACCCCCAUACCUACUAAAGUUGCAAGGCUCAUGCUUGUUUCCGACAUUCUUCACAAUAGUAGUGCUCCUGUAAAGAAUGCAUCUGCAUACCGCACGAAAUUUGAAGCAACUCUUCCUGACAUAAUUGAAAGUUUUAAUGACUUGUAUCGUAGUAUAACUGGAAGAAUCACUGCUGAAGCCCUUAAGGAACGUGUUCUGAAAGUUCUCCAAGUAUGGGCUGACUGGUUUCUGUUUUCUGAUGCCUAUAUGAAUGGAUUACGAGCUACAUUUCUUCGAUCUGGGAACUCUGGUGUGAUUUCUUUUCAUUCUGUGUGUGGUGAUGCACCAGAAAUAGAAAAGAAGACUAGCUCUGAGGAUGCAAGUGAUGGUGGAAUUAAUCAAGAUGCUGCAUUGGCAAUGGGUAAAGGAGCAGCCAUGAAGGAGCUAUUAAGUCUUCCCCUUGCAGAGCUAGAAAGACGAUGUAGACACAAUGGCUUAUCUCUUGUUGGUGGUAGAGAAACGAUGGUUGCACGAUUGCUUUAUUUAGAGGAGGCAGAAAAGCAGAGGGGCUAUGCACUAGAUGAUGACUUGAAAUAUGCACAAAGCCAAUCAAGUUCAAGUCGUUACUCAAGUGGCCGAAAAGAAACAAAUGUUGAAAUGGAGCCAGUGGGGUUGUCAGGAUGGAGUCGUUAUGGGGAGGAUGAAAUGCAUUCACAAGGCAGUGUGUCAGUACCUUUGGCCCAAACCAUUCCUACCCCACAGCCUGAAUUAAAAGGCCUUACUAAUAAAGGGAAAAAUGAUCCUGUUUUGCCAGCCUCUAAAUGGGCCAGAGAGGAUGAAGGAAGUGAUGAUGAACAAAAGAAAAGUCCUAGGGAUCUGGGGUUAAGUUACUCAUCUUCUGGGAGUGAAAAUGCUGGUGAUGGUCCUAAUAGGGCUGACGAGGUGGAGUUUGCAGCUGAAGCAAGCAUUGCGGCGCUGCCUGAUAGUGGAAUGAAUGAGGAACAGAGACAAAAGUUGAGGCGUCUUGAGGUUGCUUCGAUGGAAUAUCGUGAAUCUUUAGAAGAGCGUGGACUGAAAAAUUUGGAGGAAAUUGAGAAGAAAGUUGCAAUACAUCGGAGACGCCUGGAAGCUGAAUAUGGAUUAUUGGACUCUAAUGACAAUGUUACAGCCAACAAGAGAUCUUUGGAAAGAAGGGACAGAAAAGAUUCCCGGGAAUGUUUGAGAAAACGGCACCGCAGCCAGAGUGGAAGUGAGAGCCCACAGCGCAAAUCAUCCAGCAAAGAUAGGGAGAAGGAAAAUGAUGUAGACAAGGAUCGAGAAAGGCACCGGGAUAGAGCUCAUGAUUCAGAAAGUGGGAGAAAAAGGGAUCGUGAGAAGAGUGGUAGUAGGGAGAGGGAUGACCACGACAGAGGCAGAGAGAGAGACAGGGAUAGGAGGAGGAGAGUGAAAUGAGUUUGUUGAUGGCAGUACAUUAAAGCUUGAGUGCCCUAGAACUUGCUUCUCACUAGCAAAAUUAUUUGGCGGUGUGGGUUUCCAAACUGGGUUGGAAUAGUUUGAUGAUGAAAAGAUAUUUUCAGUUAAUCUCCUUAAGAUGGACUUGAGUUCGGACAUUAAACCAUGGGAGAUUGGUUUAUUUACUGGGAACGACAUUUAUCUUUUCGAUGGACAAGUCUGUAAGACAGAAUAUAGUUCCCACAAGCCUGUAUUUUAGCCAGUUGCAUGUUGUUCUCUGCGUUUUUAAUUUCAGUCAUGUUGGUUGUGUUGCAAUGCUAAAAUGUUCAAAGCAUGUGCAUUUUAGUUUUCAUUUACUUGUAUGCUAUUGUGAAAUUCUUUUCAGGAUUCCACAUUGCUACCCUCUAAUGCACAUCAAUUUUCUCAACUCUUCCAAGAGGUUAAAUCA